UUUAGUUGGCAGUCCAGCAAACAGCCGAGACACUACAAGGAAAAAGGAGGCAAACCACUAUGGCGUCUUUGGGGUUGCAGAUUCUGGGUGUCGGGCUCGCAGUGCUCGGAUGGAUUGGAAACAUACUGAUCUGCAUGCUGCCUCUGUGGAAGGUGUCUGCUUUCAUUGGGAACAACAUCGUGGUGGCUCAGACUAUCUGGGAAGGACUGUGGAUGACCUGUGUGGUGCAGAGCACUGGCCAGAUGCAGUGCAAAGUGUAUGACUCCCUGCUGGCUCUGCCUCCGGACCUCCAGGCAGCUCGAGCCAUGGUGGUCAUCGCCAUCCUGUUCUCUCUGUUCGGCCUGUUGCUCUCUGUGGUCGGAGGCAAAUGCACCACCUGUAUUGGAGAUAAAGCAGCAAAAGCCAGAGUGGCCAUCUCCGCAGGUGUUUUCUUCAUCCUGAGCGGGGCUCUGUGCCUUGUGACAGUGUCUCUGCCGGCUAAUACGAUCAUAAAGGACUUCUACAACCCCAUGGUUCCUGAUGCUCAGAGGCGAGAGCUGGGAGCCUGUUUGUACAUGGGCUGGGGAGCAGCAGGAUUGCUGCUGAUCGGUGGUGCUCUGCUCUGUUGUCAGUGUCCAUCAGGAAGAGACCGGUACAAUGGUGCAAAGUAUUCACCGCCUAAAUCCACAACGCCCGGGAAGGAAUUCGUCUGAGCUGCAGCAUCAUAUGAGAAGCAGGACUUGACUUUGCAUACAGUACAAACCUGUUGCUUAUCAUAUUGUGAUUUGCAUCGUGACUAGCAUCUUUUGACUAACACACUGUGGCCUUAUGUUUCUGAACGGGGGCUUGGAUCACUAAGGUAUGAACCAUGUUAGAUUAAUGCAGCAUGGAUUUAGGUUUGCAGUUCUGUUUUUGUGUGUGUAAUGAUGACUCUCCUGAUGUUAUCAUGAUCAUUUUUUGGCAACAUAAACACUUCAGAAAGAGCCAUUUGAAAUGCAGGAUGUAUUUUUCCCUUUUUUUCUCUGUCAUACAAUAAACUGUAUUUUUGUCAACAA